AUGCGAAAGCGUCCUCGCCCAAACUCUUUGCAGAAUUCACCAGUAGAUAAGGAUGGAGCAUUGACGGCAGCCUGGAAUAUGAGGGGUGCGUCUAACAAGAUGGCCCGUGUGCAUUGCAAAAAUUUGGUGAGAAUAUAUAAACCAUCUUUCUUCUUUCUCUUUGAGAAUCAUACCAUGUUUAAUAAUUUGAAGAACUUUUGGGAUAAGUUGGGUUUUCAUUGUGUUGGUAUUGAGGAAGCAGUAGGACACAUGGGUGACAUUUGGUUUCUAUCUUCUAUUGCUAAUACUUCUUGUGUGGUUAUUGAUCAAAUUGACCAAUGUAUCACAGUGAAAGUGAGUGUGGGCCAUAAUAGACCAUGGAUGGCUGUUGGUGAUUUUAAUGAGAUUGUAGCACCAAAUGAGAGUACAGGUGCUUAUUUUUCUUCUCACAGAGCUAGUCUAUUAGCUACUACUAUAGAUGACUGUAAGCUAUUUGAUCUUAAAGUGACUAGUAGGAGAUAUACUUGGUAUAGAGCAGUUCAGGCUGGCAGGGACUUGGCUAAAAGGUUGGAUAGAGGUCUAGUUAAUGAUGCAUGGAUGACAAUGUUUCCUGAGGAUUAUUCUGAAAUUCUUAGCAGGAUUCAUUCUGAUCAUUGUCCUAUUUUAGUUCGUUGUCAUGAUUCUCUGAAUAAUUGUGAAUUGAGGGAAGAUUACAAUGGGCUUUUAUUGCAAGAGGAACUUUUUUGGUACCAGAAAUCUAGAGAGCAGUGGGUCAAGUAUGGGGAUAGAAACCCUAAAUUCUUUCAUCUUAAGACUUUGGUGCGUAGAAACCGUAAUAGAGUACAUAGAUUAUAUGUUAGAGAUGGGUCUUGGUCUACUGAUCCAGAUAUUCUCCAGGAAGAAGCCCUCUCUUUUUAUAAGAAUCUCUUUGGUACCACGGAAGAGGUUGAGGUCGAUUGUUUAGGGGAUGUUCCGAUGCCCACUCUAACCACUGAGACUUGUGCUAGGUUAAUUGACCCUGUCUCUUUUGCGGAAGUCAAGUCAGUAGUAUUCAGUAUGAGCCCUUUUAAGGCUCCUGGUCCAGAUGGCUUUCAAGCUUAUUUUUUUAAAGAAUAUUGGGAGAUAGUAGGAACUGAGAUUUGGAAUAUUGUCCGGAGCGCUUUUUUGGGAGAGUUCUUAAAUCCUAGCAUCAUGGAAACUCUGAUUGUGCUUAUUCCUAAAAUUGAUAACCCUACCUUUAUGAAGGAUUUCAUGCCUAUUAGCUUGUGUAAUGUUGUUUAUAAAAUUAUCACCAAAGUAUUGACUAACCGACUUCGGCCUUUUCUUCCAGAUAUUGUUAGUCCUUUACAAGGAGGUUUUAUUCCGAGUCGUGGUGCUCCUGAUAAUAUUAUUGUGGCCCAAGAAAUUCUUAAUUUCAUGAAGCACACAAAAUCCAAGAAAGGUACUCUUGCUUUUAAAAUUGAUCUUGAAAAAGCUUAUGAUAGGGUGGAUUGGAGGUUUUUGGAGAGUACUCUCAUUGCUUUUGGUUUUCCUAUCAUCACUGUUAAUUUGAUUAUGAAUUGUGUCCGUGCAUCAUCUCUUUCUAUUAUGUGGAAUGGGAAUAGAUUGGAUAGUUUUGCUCCUAGAAGGGGGCUUAGACAGGGCGAUCCAAUGUCUCUUUACUUAUUUGUGCUUUGUAUGGAAAGACUUGCUUGUUAUAUAUCUCAUAAGGUGGUCGAGGGUGUGUGGAAACCAGUUUCUGUCACUAGGAGUGGCCCAAAAUUUUCUCAUUUGAUGUUUGCAGAUGAUCUCUUACUCUUUUGUCAGGCUACAAAGAGUCAGGUUCAAAUGGUCAUGCAUUCUCUUAACAUUUUUUGUAAGGCAUCUGGCAUGAAAGUGAAUCUUGAAAAGUCUAAAGCUUUUUGUUCUAAAAAUGUGUCUGCUCGUAGAAGAGAUAUUUUUACUAGUGUUUCUUCAAUACGUUUUACUUUGGACUUAGAAAAAUAUCUUGGAGUUAACCUUAAUUAUUCCCGUACCAGUAGGGCUUCUUUUCAUUCGGUGAUUGAAAAGGUGAGGGGAAGAUUAGCUAAUUGGAAAGGAAGGCUUCUAAAUAAAGCAGGGAGACUUUGCCUGAUCAAUUCUGUUGCAGCAUCCAUUCAUGUCUAUCAUAUGCAGGUAUCUUUUUUUCCAAAUUGGGUUUGCGAUAAAUUGUCUUCUUUGAUGAGACAGUUCCUUUGGAAGGGUCAAGUUGAUGGUAGAGGUCUUUCUCUUGUUAAUUGGAGGACCGUGAUCACUCCAAAGAAAUUUGGUGGCCUGGGUGUUAGAGAUCCUGCGUGUGUUAAUAUAUCUUUACUUGGUAAAUUGGUUUGGCAACUUUUUUAUUGUCAGGACAAGCCUUGGGUUGCUCUAUUGAGGGCAAAGUAUCUGAGAAAUGAGGGAGUUUUAGAUGGCCAUGUCCCUUGCAAUGCUUCUCAUGUUUGGAAGAGUAUCUCAAAGGCUUUUGGUGCUCUUAAGGAUGCCUUCUCUUGGUGCGUUGGGUCACUUGAUCAAUCCUUUUGGUUUGACAAUUGGAGUAUUGAGGGCCCAAUUGCUCAAGAUGUCCCUUUUGUACAUAUAUCUGACUCUGAUUUAACUAUUAGAGACGUUUGGAAAGAUGGUCAAUGGAAUCUCCAUGAUAUUUUUUCUAUCAUUCCAGAAGAUGUCAAACAGCGUUUGAAUGCUUAUAAUCCGGAUUUGAAUGCUGGAGAGAGUUCGGAGUUUCGUUUAGGUCGUGGUUUAGCUUUAUCUAGCACCUGUCAUCGAUAUCAGAAUGGUUCUGAAUCCAUUCUUCAUUGUCUUUGGGAGUGCCCUAGUGCCAAGGAGGUCUGGAACCUUUUAGGCCUGUAUUCAGAUAACUCGAAUUUACAUGAUUGGAUCUACAGAGGUGCAAAGAGUGAAGAUGUUUUUCUUUUCUUUUCGACCAUCUGGUGGAUUUGGAGAAGCAGGAAUCAAGACUUAUUUAGUAUAGAUGAUUCAUGGAGUGCUAGUAAAGUGGUGAGUUUGAUUCGUAGUUCAGUAAGGGAGUUUUACACUAUUUUUGCUAUACAUCAAUCUUUAUCUCCUCCUUCACUUUGUUUGCAUUGGGUUCCACCUCCAGUUCAUUCUGUUAAAUUGAAUUGUGAUGCUAGUUGGUUUGCUCCUUUUGGCUAUGCUGGUUUUGGUUGUAUCAUUCGCAAUCCUGAUGGAUGUUGGUUGAAAGGUUGCACUGGAAAAGUUGAAGUGUGCAGUGUUCUUUUUGCUGUUGUAUGCAAUUUGGAGAGGUUUACUUCUUGCUUGGGAGAACGGAUUUCGUGA